UUUAAUCUUAUGAGAUAUCUUGUGGCGAAAAAAAGCAGAUUCGAGCACGAGAAGAAGUUUCCAACCUUGUUUCCAACGCGAUCUUUAAUUUCCAAUUCGCACCUAAGAGCUUCCUAAGAAAACUCAUUCAGAAGCUCUUCGGCUUCAUAUACUACAUCUUCAAGAUUUUCCAGCCAAAACUUAACUGUAUCUUUCUUUACUUGCUGCUUCUUUGCAUCAGCUAAUACAGCUUGUAGAUUUCCUAAAGUUCUCUGACGUUGUGUCACUGCCAAAUGUAAUUUCAAGUGACGGCCGUAGUAAACUCCUUCUCGUUCACAUGAAAUGGAAUUCAAAGCACCACCAGAUGAAAAUAUUGCUACACUGUUAGGAAUUUGCAAAGGAAGAGUAAAGAGAUUCAUAGUGGACUUUGGACUGAUCCCAAGUGAUGUUGGUGCUGGGACAACAACUCUAAUUUUGGCUUUCUCUUGGGCAGGGAAGAUGGAUCUUUUUAGAGUUAUUUUUGUGAGCGAUUGCCUUCAACUAGUGAAUUUUUUGAAUGGAGGCAAGGGUGAUAUGGACUGGUGGAGUAUGGAUCUCUUAGAAGAAUGUCGGAUUUCCCUUUCUAGUUGUAUGAAUAUAAGGUUUUUUAUAUUAAGCGUCUUAGAAAUAAAAUAGAUGAUCGACUUGCUAGUCGGGCUAGGAAGUUUAGUUUGAAAAACAUUUGGAGU